CCUCCCGCAGCGAGUUCUCGAACAAUGGUACGCCUCUUGCCAUUGGUCGCGCUCUCCGCGCUCGCCGCGGCUCAAGAGGACUUUGCAAUGGUACGCCUCUUGCCAUUGGUCGCGCUCUCCGCGCUCGCCGCGGCUCAAGAGGACUUUGGCAACAUGUUUGGGCAGCAAAAAUACUGCGCCCCGUACAAGUGCCCGAAGGAGAAGGAGGCCGUGCAGAACCGCCUGUCCUUCAAGGCGAAGAAGGGCGGCUGCGACGCGCUGAACAGCGGCGCGGGCAUGCAGAUGCGCGGACCCGCGUCCAUCAAAUAGCAACAAAGGGCCGUCGAGCUUCUUCGGCGGGCGGCGCCAUGUUCACGCCAGCACGCCGUAACUUCGGCCCGAGAGAGACCCGUCGCUUUCAGUCGCGGCCGUAUCAAAGCGAGAACGGCGUCGCGGAAAGGCGCGGCGGCACACCGCAGGUUCAGCGCCAAACAGUCCGAGCCGACGCCCAUCGACGCGUGCUGCGACCGGCGCCAGGCCUGCGACUCGAUCUGCGGCACCUCCACAAAAUUCUGCGACGCCGAGCUCAAGGCCUGCGCCGACAAGGCCUGCGACGACGCGCCCGACAAGGAGGAGUGCGACCGCAAGAAGUCGAUGAUGCAGCUCAUGCAGUCCAUGGACCAGGGCGCCUGCAAGCGCCACACGGACGGCCAGGUCGCCGCGUGCAAGUGCGUCAAGCCCGACGAGGCGCCGGCGCGGCGGCUCAAGACGCUGACCGAACUUUACGAGAAAAAUAAAGGGGACGCGUCGAAGGCCGAGGGCCUCGCCGCGAAGGCGGACACGUCGAAGAAAUUCGGCGCUUUACUGCACAAGCUCGUUGCGAAAUACCCCGCGAUGAUCCGGAAGGUCGCUGACCCGCAGCAGGAGUACUGGGAGAAGAUCAUGAAGGAGGGCAUCGACAAGAAGGCCUCUGAUGAGGUCGUCGACGGCGCGGAGGAGGACGAGGACGUGGAGGACCUGGACGCGGUCGCGGACGAGCUUUAGAUGAUGUUUAAUUUUAACGGUUGUUUUAAAUUUUAGUUC